AUGACGGCAACGAACCGAGAUAUGUACUUUCAAUACGUGUCGUCCCUCUUGACCGAUCCACACAAGCCCGGUGUGUUCAUCUUAUCAGACAUCUCGAACGAAAGUGACGAUCAAGAAUCGCUGACACGAUACUUCCUCUACUCCAACCAAUUCCAAACCGAAGGCCUUGUCGCUUCAACAUCAAGCACACCCACCCGGACGCCCAAUACCCCCCGGGAGACUACUUCCGGAGCAUACGGCAUGCAAGCGCUCCUCCUCAACCGUCUCCAAACACCAUCCACCCAACCCCUCUGGGUCCUCACCCAAGCCCUAUACAAAAUCCACCAAACCCUCUCCCCCUCAGAAGCCACCGCCAUCCGCUCCCGUCUCCGCGUAUACGCCAUCUCAGACCAGGAUGACACAGGCGCCUGGAUCCGCCGCAACUGUCCAGACAUCUUCUACAUCUCUACGCACGGCUGGAACCAAUACGGACUCGCGGCGUGGAUCGCCAUCUCAGGUGAAACAUACUAUGUUACGCACGAGUGGCUGCUCGAGAACAUCCAAAUCGGACCGUACGGUAGUGUCGCGUACCCGGUAUUCAAGUAUAUUAUGGAAGAUGAUGGGCCUACUUUCCUGGUGGGAAGGUACAGCAAGGUUGAUCCGUCGACGGGCGUGGGGUAUAAUUAUCACAGUGAUGCGCCGGAUCGGGGGUUUCGGCAGUGGUCUCUGCUCGGGAAUGUUAGCAGGGCGAAUCGUCAUCCUGUUGUUGUUGUUCUCAAUGGGAGUGUGGAGUUGGCUCCAUUUAGGGUGACUGUGAAGGCGGGAUAUAAGGAGCCUGGGUCUGAUGAUUUGAAUGUGGCGAAGCAGGUUCCGGCUUUGAAUUUGACUACUGUGAACAGUGGUCGGCAGGUAAAGGUGGAUAUACCUCCCUCGGAGGAGAGUCGUAAUGAGAAGGGGGAUAAUCCGUCGGGCUGUUGGUUGGUACAUUUGAUUCUGAAGGUCAAGGAUAACGGGGUUCAUCCGUUGACUACAUAUCGUCGGUUGUUGAUUCAGACUACAAACGAGACGAUCUCUACGUGA